AUAUCCCUGUUAUUUAAUAUACGUGCGUAAUGUCUUGUUUCUCUCCUAAAUUUAAAUACAGGAUAGGCAACAAUAUUAACUUUGAAACAUGUUUAUAAAUAGACUACUCGUAAUUACUUCCAGUGAUUAGAAUAUUAACCAACGGAUGUGUUAGUGGUUUAUCAACAAAUGAGAUGAUGGAUUUGUUGAAAGCUUUAAUAAUUGUGUCUGAAAAAGCGGCAAAUAUAGCAAGAGCAUGUCGACAAAAUGAACAUUUGUUUAGCUUGUUGAUACAGAAAAAGAAGAACGACGAAGCAAAUCCCAGGUUCGUGGAUGAUUUUAAAACUUUAGCAGAUGUUCUAAUACAAGAAAUGGUAAAACACGAUAUUAAAAAUCAAUUUCAGGAAUUAUCUGACAUCUUAGGUGAAGAAAACAACACAUUUGAAAAUAAAUUAGGAGAAAAAAUUUGUGUGGAAAUUAAGAAUACAGAAGAAGAAACAUCCAAUUUACUGGAAACUGUAUUGAAUGGAGAUCACAUUGCCGCUACUUUACUCGCCGCAGAGGUACAUAAGGAAAUACAUAUCGAAGAUAUUAAAACUAAUCUGACUGAAAAAUUUCACAUAGUAUUAGAAAAACUGGGAAUAUGGAUAGACCCUAUAGAUUGUACUGCUGAAUAUAUUAAUGGGAGUGAAGGAGAGAAGAUUGAAAAUAUUUAUCGCAAUGGUUUAAAAUGUGUGACAAUUUUAAUUGGAGUAUUUGAUAAAGAAACUGGUUGUCCUGUGAUGGGAGUAAUAAAUCGACCAUUUUUAGGAACAAGCGAUUUUGGGCCAACUUUACCAUAUAUAUGGGGAAUAUCUUCACAAAAUACUUAUAUAAAUAGCGGUAUCAGCUGUAGUGAAGAAAAAAGUAUUAUAUGUGUGAGCUGUAGCGAAAGAACUGAAAUUAAGCAAAAACUUGAAGAGAAAGGAUUCAAGCUGAUUGAGGCAUGUGGAGCUGGAUAUAAGAUUCUAACAGUAAUAUUAGGAUUAGCUGAUGCUUACGUAUUAACAAAAGGAACAACUUUUAAGUGGGACACCUGUGCUCCACACGCGAUCUUAAAUUCCUUAGGAGGUGGCAUGACUGAUUUCCACGAAACUCUUCGAAAUAAUGAGCUAAGUAUUAAGUACUUCAACGGUGGGAAUAAUUGCAAUGUUACAGGAAUAAUUGCUUUUAGACGUCGAGAGGUAUUAAAAGAUAUUAUUGAUACUCUGAAAGAUUUUUAUUGAUUUGUAAAUAAAAGCAUUGAUUAUUG